GGCCGACGCGCAGACGUAGGCACUGCAGGCCGGAGCCAGUGAAUACCACGACCCCCGCAGGGGGCUACAUUCGCCGCCGUAGGAGCAAUGCGCGCCAGGUUUCGCCUUGACGGUGAGCCGCCUCCGGAAUACUAUGAGUUUGUCGGAACCCUAAUUGCCCAAUUCGGUGGUUAAUAGGUUUCGUUCUCAAUGUCUUGGUCUAGGGUUAGUUUCAUGUAGUUGGAUUGUUUGGUAAAUCAGUGAUUGUUAGGUUUUUUGAUGGAAUUGGAAUUUGGUGGUUGGCUUCAAAUCUCUUGGAGACUGAAGGAGUGUGUAAUGUAGGUCCCGGUUCGAACAGAUUCUCUCUAGAAGUCCAUCAUGGGGGGUCUGCGGUCAGGGUCUGAACAAAAGCUGUGUAGAUGGUAAAGUCACUUGGGAGGAUGACAUAGAAGCUGAAUUCUGGUGCUAUUGUUGGAUAGAAGACCUCAUAUUGAAGCUUGAUUAUGGCCGAUUGGGAUACUUAAGGUGCAUUGGCUUUUGCCAGGCAAAAACUUAUGUGAUGGACUUAGAAUCAUUGAAUCUGACGAAGACACCUUAGUCAUGAAACAAGUUGUUGGUAGGGUGAACAAUUUCGUAUUGUAUAUUGAUCACUACAGCCAGAUAAGUGAUUCUAUCAGUUGGGAUGAUGUUGUACUGAAUCCACUUGCUGAGUUACCCAAGGUUGUGAGCCCUGUUAAGUUGUCUGAGUUUUACAGCAACUUGCCGAAGAAGGAACUAGAUCAGGGAGCCACUUCUCCUUGUAAUGCUGACAGCACGUCUGUGGACACAGAAGACUCAGAGUAUGCUGACAGUGAUUACGACUUUAAAGAUGGUGAUGAUGACUUAUUUGUGGACAAUGUAGAUGAAGAGGUGGUAGAUGUGGGUUCAGCAAAGGGGAAGAAGGCAAAGAAGGGCAAGCCACCAGCUGGUACAUCACAUGGAGAAUCCUCUAGUCCCCAACAUGAGGACUCUAGUGGAUUAGAUGGUGACCUUAAUUUGCCUGAUGACUCAGAUGGUGAAGGCCAAGUGAAGCUGAAGUUCAAGUCAUUCAACCCUGAUGAUCUAGUCAAUCCAACCUUUAAGGUAGGCAUGGUAUUCUCUACUGUGGAGGUCCUGAGAAAAAACAUCAGGGAGUAUAGCCUCAAGCACAGAUUUGACAUUAGGAUGCCCAGGAAUGACAGGACGAGGGUUGGGGCUCAUUGUGCUGCUGGAUGCCCCUGGACAUUGUAUGCUUCAAAUGACAGCAGAACUAAGGCAUUCAUGGUGAGAACUUACGUGGGAGAGCACAAUUGCAUGAAGGAAUGGAUUCUCAAGAGCUACACAGCCAAGUGGCCAUCAGAGAAGUACACUGAGACCUUCAUAGCUGAUAGCAAGAUGACACUUGGCAAUUUUGCAAGGAUUGUGCAGAAGGACUGGAACCUGACACCCUCCAGGAGCAAGUUAGCUAGGGCAAAGAGACUGACUAUGGAUAGGAUAUAUGGUGAUGAGCUUGAGCAGUUCAACUUUUUGUGGGAUUUUGGCAAUGAAUUAAGAAGGUCAAACCCAGGGAGCACUUUCUAUGUUGGUCCCAAUGAUGGUCAUUUCAGUCACAUGUAUUUCUCACUUGAUGCAUGCAAGAGGGGGUUCCUAGCUGGCUGCAGCAGGCAUGUCAUUUGCUAGGAUGGAUGUCACAUUAAGACCAAGUUUGGAGGGUGUCUGCUGACUGCAGUUGGUGUAGACCCAAACAAUUGCAUAUUUCCUGUAGCAAUGGCCUAUGUGGAGGUGGAGUCAAAGAGUACACAGAAAUGGUUCAUUGAGACUUUGAAGCAAGACCUUGGGAUUGAAAAUACUUAUCCAUGGAAUAUAAUGACUGAUAAGCAAAAGGGGCUUAUACCUGCUGUCCAAGAUAUUUUUCCAGAGUCAGAACACAGGUUCUGUGUCAGACACUUGUAAUCCAACUUUCAAGGCCACUUCAAAGGUGAGUACCUAAAAAACCAACUCUGGGCUUGUGCUAGGUCCACAACUGUGGUAGAUUGGAAUAGGAACAUGGAGAAAAUGAGGACAUUAGAUGCAGAUGCACAUAGAUGGUUAGAACAGAUGGCGCCCAACACUUGGGUUAGAGUUUUUUUCCGUGAGUUUCCUAAGUGUGAUUUGUUGCUCAACAAUUCAUGUGAGGUAUUCAACAAGUACAUACUGGAUGCAAGAGAAAUGCCCAUCCUCAGCAUGAUUAUGAAGAUCAAAGACCAACUAAUGGGCAGGGUGUACAACAAGCAGAAGGAUGUUCAUGAGAAGUGGCCAGGUCCUAUAUGUCCCAAGAUUAGGAAGAAAAUGCUGAAAAACUCCGAGUGGGCCAACACUUGUUAUGCUUCUCCUGCUGGCAUAGGUGUUUUCGAAGUGAAGGACAGAGACUACCAGUUCACAGUUAACAUCAAUGACAAGCAUCGUGACUGCAGGAGGUGGAACUUGACUGGCAUUCCGUGUAGCCAUGCCAUCUCCUGCCCGAACAUGAAAGGAUCCCUGCUGAAAGAUGUCAUACCUCCAUGCUACACUACUGAAACUUAUAAGGCUGUCUAUGGAUUCAAUGUGAUGCCAUGUUCUGACAAAACUUGUUGGAUGAAGAUGAAUGGUCCUAAUAUCCAGCCUUCUAUAUAUGAGAAGCACAUAGGAAGGCCAUCAAAAUAUAGGAGGAAGCAACCCCAUGAGAUUCAGGGAAAAAAUGAACCUUCAAUGUCUAGACAUGGCAUCAUCAUUCACUGUUCCUGGUGCCAUGAGCCUCAUCACAAUUCCAAGGGCUGUCCAUGUAAGACAUAAUCUGCUGCCCCCUUUCUCUCUUCUUCCUGUCCAGGACAGAGGGCAGUAGUUGGAUCAGCUCAUGUCAUGGCUGUCCAAGUCCUUGGUCCUGUAGAGUAUAAGGCAAUAGGCCAUACUAUGUACUAGUAGAGGUACACCAGCAGUAUGGCUGGUACUAGAGUAGUUGUUGGCUGAUUUCAGCCUUGUACCUUAGGAGUAUGUAGUAGGUAGAAUUGUACCUUAGAAGGUACAUGUAUUGGUGUAUAUAAACCAGCCCAAUGCAAUGGAAGAAGGCAGUUCACUUGCCACUCAUUCAGUUGCAGUUUCAGUUCAAGUCUGAAACUGUGUGUGCUGUGUGUGUGUGCUGUGGUAGCUCAGGGCUUUUCUUCUACCUUGGAGCAGGGGAGAGGGAGAGGGGAGGAGAGCAGGUGCUGCUCACCUCGGUGCAGGGUUUCUGUGCCAACAGUCCACUCAAGAAGGCAGGCAUCAGGCUGAAACAACAAGUGAAGGCCACCACCUUUUGCAGCAACAACAGGAGUUGAGGAAGAAGCGAAUUAACUCAGUACACAGCAUGCUGUAGAGGUGAUGACACAACACCUGCAGCCCACAGUGCAAUCAUUGGCAGUCCAACAAACUAUGCUGUCCCAGAUGUUAUCACAGUAACAGAUCCUGUUAAUCUGUCACUUGAUCAUGGGCCUCUCCCUUCUUCAUCUUUCAUCGACAACAACCAGCCCACUUCAAGACCAGUUGCCCUCACCACAGCAACAAAACAAGGAAGGUCCAAGCGCAAAAAUGGACCUAAAAAGAACAAUGCCACUUCUGCAAAGAAGAGGAAAAAUCCACCGAACAAGAAGAAAGAUCCUGGUUCUGGUGGUGCACCAAAUCUAAUCUGAUGGACAUGGUGCAGUCAUGAAUCAUUUUGUGAAUAGCUUUUGGGUACAUCUUUUGGGUACAGCUCUUGGUAUAGCUUUUGGGACAGAUAGAUGGCGCACCCACACAGUUACAGACUUGCUGUGAACUGAUGUGUGGCUGUGUUAAUUUACUGAAGUCAGAAUGUUAGUGUGACUUUCUGAGAUGGGGCCUGGUGUGUAUUAUGUAAUGGGUCCAUAACUCUUGUUAAGUCAAAUGAUCUAGCCUUAUAUGCUAUGGUAGCACCAAAACUUUGUAUGGAUGCUAACUGUCAUCUGGAAAUGAUGAUC